AUGUCAACAUCAGACCAACCUGCGCCACCUUCGACGGCCCAAUGGGGCCCCAUCUCCUUCCACGGAAUGCGACUCGUCUGGUCCCUCCAGGACCCUCUAGAGUCGGCCAUCUCCGUCAUGCCCGAGAAUUUGGACCCCGAAGCACCACGCGAACCGUACUUCCAACAGUCCUCCACCGGCUCAAACUGGCAUCGCAUAUCGCAGGAAGUGCUCAUUGAAAGCACAGUGGCGUCUGUCACUGUCGAGUCCGCCGAUCUAAGCAACUGGCCGUCGGGUUGGUGGCUGUGUCACAUGGAACACGCCGACGCCGACGACGACGACGAGAACUCGGGAGACGAAAACUCGAGCAACGGGCCUUGCCCAGCUUAUAGCGAGCUCCCCCCGCGCGAGUACGAUACACUGGUCGUCGAGGCAUCGGAUAAGCCUUAUGUUACAAUACACGACUACAUUACGACAGUGGGGGAGGAUGAGCCGCCGAACCCGGACACCAAGUUGAUGCCCUUUCUCGACAACACCCAGCGGCCACAAAUCAUGUCAACAUCAGACCAACCUGCGCCACCUUCGACGGCCCAAUGGGGCCCCAUCUCCUUCCACGGAAUGCGACUCGUCUGGUCCCUCCAGGACCCUCUAGAGUCGGCCAUCUCCGUCAUGCCCGAGAAUUUGGACCCCGAAGCACCACGCGAACCGUACUUCCAACAGUCCUCCACCGGCUCAAACUGGCAUCGCAUAUCGCAGGAAGUGCUCAUUGAAAGCACAGUGGCGUCUGUCACUGUCGAGUCCGCCGAUCUAAGCAACUGGCCGUCGGGUUGGUGGCUGUGUCACAUGGAACACGCCGACGCCGACGACGACGACGAGAACUCGGGAGACGAAAACUCGAGCAACGGGCCUUGCCCAGCUUAUAGCGAGCUCCCCCCGCGCGAGUACGAUACACUGGUCGUCGAGGCAUCGGAUAAGCCUUAUGUUACAAUACACGACUACAUUACGACAGUGGGGGAGGAUGAGCCGCCGAACCCGGACACCAAGUUGAUGGUGUGUCCUGGUGCCCCCCACUCUGUGAGAACUGACACCGAGGAACAUUGGAAGCGUGAGAUGAAGAACCAUUACGACCGCCUCAAUCGAGCAGAGACUCCAUUUGAUAACGCCAGGCCGAAGGGCCAGAAGCGAAAACGCGACAAUGACUGA